UGUGGGUGGCAAUAGUAGUCUGCGUGUCACUGCAGCUAAGAAUUCCGUUUGAAGCUGAAGGCAUCUAUGAAGUCCGAGGCCACCCGCUGCCAGUAACAUCAGGCUAGUGGAAAAGCCAUGGGUUCGUCUCGUGCUUCAUACAAGUGCGUUCUGCUCUUUUGCGUCGCGGCAUUGGCUGCUGCCCAAUUGAACCCGUGCCCUGCGCCCGAGUCCCUAAGUCCGUGCGGCUGCGACUUCACCGGGAUAAACUGCAUGAAGGCCAGGAGUGCCGCAGAACUCGCGAAGGCGUUCAGCGGUAAGGAGAAGACUAUGCACAAAACUUUGUGGCUGCAGAAAGCGCCCGUCGUCAAGAUCGACAAUGGAACGUUCGGGGAGUACGUCUUCGGUAAAGUGUUCGUCGAAAUCUGCAACCUGACCUCCUUCGAGCUGUCGGCGCUGGCAAAGUCGGCCAAGCUUCUGUCGGAGUUGAGCCUAUAUGGGAACCAGCUGACUAGCAUCGAUUACAAAGGGAUUGCCAAUUUCGAGAAACUGCGCGUGUUGAACCUGGCCAAUAACAACCUGGGAAAUGUGCCCGCAUUCGCGUUCAAAAAUCCUUCACUGGAGACGCUGGUAAUGAACGAGAAUCCCAUCACCAGCAUCGGAGCGUUCGCCUUCAGAAACCUGCCCAAGUUGAAGAAUCUGCAGCUGCGAUCCAUUCGCGUGAAGAGGUUGGCCGCUUACUCGUUCGCUAUCCCCAGGCAUCAUCCGAACCUGCAGAUUUUGCUGAACGCUGGUCAACUGGAGAGCAUCGAGGAGAAGGCCUUCUAUAGAGUGGCGCCUCUUACAUUGCGUCUCACGCUGAACAAACUGCGAGAGUUCAGCCGCGCCGUUUUCCAGCCCCUGAUGGAAGCAAUGGCGUUGAAUGCGGAGCGCAACCAACAGUUAGGCAAGGCCAGGAUCAUCACCGCAGGAAACCGAUUCACCUGUCGCGGUUGCGGUUUCUCCUGGCUCACGACACUGCAAGGCCGGCCCGACAUGAUGCUCAUCCUCAUCGACUUCAGAUGCCCUGGUAGAGUGGCCGUGUGGAACGUGACCGACUCUCUCAUCGGCUGUCCUCGGGAUACACCGUGAACACACCGACGUCCCCAUGGAAAGAAGCCAGGGCGAAGGGCUUAGCGAAAGUGACGAAUAAAUGUUGACAAAGAAAGUCCAAUCCCGUUUCAA